AUUGAAUUCAUGAAUUGGAUUAUAAAGGAAAGAAAUUGAAGGCUCUUCUGGGCAUGGCCUACCAGUCUUGAUUGCUUUCGGUUUUUGUGUCGAAAAUCCAAUAUCUUGAUGAAGCCGAGAGCGGCCUUUUAAAACCCGAUUGAGAUUAUAACGCACAAAACGAAUUCUGUUUCUCACACUUACUAAAAAACUAAAAAAAGAAAAAUUCAUAUUGAAUAUUCAUAAAUGCGCGUCUUAUUUUCCUUCUGAUUUGAUAAUAUUUUUUCUCUGAUCCCUAAUCUUCACUGACUUUUCAACGCUCGCUCUCUCUCCUUUCUAUUCACUGAUUGCGUUUCGGAAUUUGCGAAAAUGGGGCUGAUUUCGGGGAUUCUUAUGGGGAUGAUCAUGGGGAUCGCGUUAAUGGCUGGAUGGCGUCACAUGAUGAGGCGACGCAGCACCAAGCGAAUUGCCAAGGCAGUUGAUAUAAAACUCCUUGGGUCUCUUAACAGAGAUGAUUUGAAGAAAAUUUGUGGAGAUAAUUUUCCUGAAUGGAUUUCUUUCCCUGUCUACGAACAAGUGAAAUGGCUGAACAAGCAACUCAGUAAAUUGUGGCCAUACGUUGCAGAUGCAGCAGAAUUGGUGAUAAAAGAAUCUGUUGAACCACUAUUGGAAGAAUACCGACCUCCAGGAAUUACUUCAUUAAAAUUCAGCAAAUUGUCUCUGGGUACUGUAGCACCGAAAAUUGAAGGAAUCCGUGUCCAGAGUCUUCAAAAAGGUCAAAUCAUAAUGGACAUUGAUUUUAAGUGGGGUGGUGAUCCAAGCAUCAUAUUGGGUGUGGAAGCUGCACUUGUUGCUUCAAUUCCAAUUCAGUUGAAGGAUCUUCAAGUUUUUACUGUUGUUCGUGUUAUCUUCCAACUUGCUGAAGAGAUUCCUUGUAUUUCUGCAGUUGUUGUUGCCCUGCUUUCCGAGCCAAAACCUAGAAUUGAUUAUACGCUAAAGGCUGUUGGUGGAAGCUUAACUGCCAUUCCUGGAAUUUCAGAUAUGAUAGAUGAUACUGUCAAUUCAAUUGUCACGGAUAUGCUUCAGUGGCCCCACAGGAUUGUUGUUCCAAUUGGUGGUAUUCCUGUUGAUACAAGUGAAUUGGAGCUUAAGCCGCAGGGAAAGCUUUCCUUAACAAUUGUGAAAGCUAACAACUUGAAGAACAUGGAAAUGAUUGGGAAAUCUGAUCCAUACGUUGUUGUGCAAAUAAGGCCACUGUUCAAGGUUAAAACCAAGGUCGUUGAAAACAACCUGAAUCCUGUCUGGAAUCAAACAUUCGAGCUGAUUGCAGAAGACAAGGAGACACAGUCUCUUAUUAUUGAGGUUUUUGAUCAGGACAUUGGGCAAGACAAGCGCUUGGGAAUAGCAAAAUUACCUUUGAUUGAGCUGGAAGCAGAAACUUUAAAAGAGUAUGAACUGAGACUGCUAGCGUCACUCGACACGCUGAAAGUGAAGGACAAGAAGGACAGAGGAACUGUUACAAUCAAGGUCUUGUAUCAUCAGUUCAACAAGGAAGAGCAGCUGGCUGCACUGGACGAAGAGAAAAGAAUCCUCGAAGCAAGAAAGAAACUUAAAGCUGAGGGCGUUAUAGGAAGCACAAUGGAUGCUCUUGAUGGAGCAGCAUCCCUUGUUGGUUCUGGUGUUGGGCUGGUUGGUACCGGUAUUGGCACUGGAGUUGGACUUGUGGGAAGUGGUAUUGGCACUGGAGUUGGCCUUGUGGGAAGUGGCAUUGGUACUGGUGUGGGGUUAGUUGGAAGCGGGCUUGGAGCCGUAGGUAGUGGCCUGACCAAAGCAGGGAAGUUCAUGGGCAGGACUAUCACAGGGCAAUCCAGCGCUUCUCGGAGGAGUGGCUCCUCAACUCCAGUUAAUAGCAUCCAAGAAAAUGGCGGUGCAAAGCCACGAUAGUACUAGUUCCUGUAAAGCCGCUGCUUUACUGUGCAAAUGGAUCUUUGUGUUCUGUCUGCAUUAGUGAUUAGGUUGAAUACAAUAUUAUGCUGGUUUUAUUGUUAUAGAGUAUACUCUUCUGCUGUUCAAUCUACUAGUUUGGAACUUCAUGGAUAGAAAGUGGUUAUUCCGUCACAAUCUUUCAGAUGUAUCAUCCUGUAUUCUUGUUUAUGUUCUACUUGAUGAAAUGUGUAAUAAAACUUUAAGUUGUACAAAUGUUUCCUUCGAGAUUAUUUUCACCUUA